AUGAAUGUAUUGGUUGAAAAAAUUAUUGGAAAUGCUUUUACUCCCGUUCAACCAAUCCAUUCAUGCCAAAUGUCCGGGUGCUCGGGUGCUGGCACCGCGAACUCUUCGUUAGGAACGGCCCUGAGGGGGGCGCCCUAG